AAAAACAUAUGGCAAAAAUGUCAGCCCCUUAUAAUUUUCUUCUCUCAAUCCUACUCUUUCAACUCUUGUUUGCGUCUCAGCCAUGUCACCUUAUCCUCACCUCCGCCGCCGAUGGUCGGUGGCAGCUUCUGCAGAAGAGCAUUGGUAUCUCUGCCAUGCACAUGCAACUACUCAAAAACGACCGCGUUGUCAUGUUUGAUAGAACUGAUUUCGGGCCAUCGAAUCUGCCAUUGCCCAAUGGGAAAUGCCGCAAUGACCCGACCGACACUGCUCUCAAAGUAGAUUGCACCGCUCAUUCGGUGGAGUACGAUGUUUUGGCCAAUAAGUUUAGGGCUCUCACGGUCCAAACCGACGUCUGGUGUUCUUCGGGCGCCGUCAUGCCUAACGGAAAUUUGGUCCAAACUGGCGGUUUCAACGACGGAGAGCGUCGUGUAAGGGUUUUCACCCCGUGCGGGACUUGCGACUGGCAAGAAACGCCGAACGGAUUGACGGCGAGAAGAUGGUAUGCCUCCAACCAUAUAUUGCCAGACGGAAGACAAAUCGUUGUCGGUGGUCGGGGGCAAUUUAAUUACGAGUUUGUUCCUAAAAACAAGGCUGCCAACACGUUCAAGUUGCCUUUCCUGUCGGAAACCAAUGAACGGGGAGUGGAGAACAAUCUCUACCCUUACGUUUUCCUCAAUGUGGACGGAAACUUAUUCAUUUUCGCCAACAACCGUGCUAUUUUGCUCGAUUAUGUGAACAACAAGGUGGUGAAAACUUAUCCGACGAUACCAGGUGGUCAGCCUAGAAGCUAUCCGAGCACAGGCUCCGCCGUGUUGCUGCCAUUGAAGAACUUGAAAGCAAAAGCUAUUCAAGCUGAAGUUUUGGUCUGUGGUGGUGCUCCAAAAGGAUCAUAUCUCCAAGCAUUACGAGGUAGAUUCAUCAAAGCGUUGGACGAUUGCGCCCGAAUCUCAAUAAACGACCCGAACCCACAAUGGGUCCUCGAAACCAUGCCUCUAGCUAGAGUCAUGGGUGACAUGAUAUUGCUUCCGAACGGCAACGUUCUGCUCAUAAACGGAGCAGGUUCCGGGGCAGCAGGAUGGGAGUUGGGGAGGAACCCGGUUAUGAAUCCGGUUUUGUACAAACCUAAUAACAAAAUCGGGUCACGAUUCGAGACGCAAAACCCGACAAAGAUUCCUCGGAUGUACCACUCGACGGCGGCAUUGCUUCGUGAUGGCAGAGUUUUGGUCAGUGGAAGCAAUCCUCACGCGUUCUACAACUUUACGGGUGUACUUUUCCCUACUGAACUAAGCAUAGAAGCAUUCUCUCCGGGUUACUUGGACUUUAAAUUCAACAAUUUCCGACCUGGCAUUAUUGCUCCGAAGUCAACGUCGACGAUCGGAUACGGUAAGAAGUUGACCGUUCAAGUGGUUAUUACAGGGAGAGUAGCUAAAAACUUGGUGUCGGUGACAAUGGUGGCGCCGGCUUUCAACACACAUUCCUUCUCCAUGAAUCAGAGGUUGCUUGUACUUGGGAACGACAACAUGACAGCUUUGAGGAGAUCGAGGUAUAGCAUUGAAGUGACGACGCCGAGCUCCGGUAACCUUGCGCCUGCUGGGUAUUAUCUUUUGUUUGUGGUUCAUCAAGACAUCCCCAGCCAAGGCAUUUGGGUGAAGCUGCAAUAAAAUAA